AUGCAGACGGCGGUUAAAGAGGCGCUCGCGUCGGCGAUCGCUCGCGGGGUCAAUCCCCGCGGUGUUCACCGCGCGAGGACCGUGGGCGCGUCCGUUCGCGCCCGGCGCCGCGUCUGCAGCGCGACGGAUGCCGAGGGCGGUGCCGCCGCGUCGGCUGAGUCACGGUCGGAGGAAACGCGCGUCGCGCGGCCGCCGCCGCUGCGCACCUACUACGCCGACUGGGCCGAGGUGAUCUUACCGGAGGGACACAGAUUCCCGAUGGAGAAGUACCAGGCUACCAGGCUGAUGCUCGAGCAGGACAAGUCCUUGAGCGACAUCAUGGAGCUGAAAGCAUCGCUCAUCGACGUGCUCGCCGUGCACGAGGAGGGAUACGUGACCCGCGUCCUGGGGUGCGCGCUCACGGAAAAGGAAGGCCGCGCCAUCGGAUUUCCGAUGAUGAAUCCCUCGCAGGUGACGCGCUCCUUGGCGUCCACGGGCGGGACCGUCGCCGCCACGCACGACGUCCUCCGCCCGGGCACCACCGCUAAGUGCGCCGCGCAGAUCGCGGGCGGCACACACCACGCGUUCAGGGACAAAGGCGAGGGCUUCUGCGUCUUCAACGACAUCGCCGUCGCGGCGACGAUGGCGCUUCGCAAGUACCCCGCGCGGUUCGAGGGCUGCGCGCACCCGAUCCUCGUGAUCGACCUGGACGUCCACCAGGGCAACGGCACCGCCAAGAUCUUCGAGGACGACCCGAGGGUCAUCACGUUCAGCGCGCACGGCGCCGGGAACUACCCGUGGAAGACGAAGAUGCGAUCCGACCACGACGUCGACGUACCGGACGGAACCGGCGAUAAGGAGUACAUCGCCAUGCUCGAGGAGUGGCUCCCGCGGCUCUUCGAGACGUACGACCCAAAGCUCGUGUACUUCCAGGCUGGGGUGGACGCGCUCGCGGUGGACUCGUUCGGUAAGCUCAAGAUGACUCGCGCGGGGAUGCUUCGCCGUAACCACAUGGUUUUCGACGAGUGCCUGAGGCGGGACGUGCCGCUGGUGAUCACGAUGGGCGGCGGGUACUCGCGGCCGUUCGACGCGAGCGUGGACGCGCACGCGGACGUGUACAGGGCCGCCGCGUACAGGUUCGCGUCGCCCCCGCCCGCUAAGGGCAAGAAGGCGCCGGUCCAGGCCGCGACGGAAGAGGACGAGGGCGAGGAGGACGCGGCUGAGGAACAAACCGAGGAAGUCGCGGAGGAGGAGAUCGAGAAGGUCGUGGCGGACGUCAACGCCGACGAGGCGAAGUUCACCGACAAGACCAAAACCCCGAAGGAGGAGAACGUCAAGUCCGACAAGUUCACCACCCAAAUCGCCGCCCAGAUCGCCGCGCUCAAGUCGGAGAAGGCGCAGGAGAUGACGGCGAUGACGGCGGCGGUGGAGAGGGCCAGGCGGGAGGAGGAUCGAUCCAAACUGGCUCGAGCCCUGCGAAACGGCGAUUGGUCCGCCGCUCAGCGCGAGGAGGACCGGAACAAGAUGGCGCGCGCCCUGAGAAACGCGACUUGGUCGAUCGUCUCGAGCGAACCCGCGUCAUCCGCCUCGAAGGAACUCGAGGCUUCGAAGGAACUCGAGGCUUCUUCGGUCGAUUGGAUCGGGGCCGUGCGCCGCGCGCUUCGAACCGUCGUCUUCUCCGCGUUGACGCCCGCGCCCGAGGCGGCACCCGCGCCCGUCGUCGUGGACCGCCGACCCGCCCGCGCGCCGGCUCCUCCCCCGCCGCCUCCGCCGCCCGCACCCGCACCGGCGGCGGCGGCGGCUGACCGUCCCCCGCAACGGAAGAAAGCGCCGGCUCCUCCCCCGCCUCCUCCUCCUCCUCCCCAGGCGGCGCCCGAGCCUAUCGCCGUCGCGCCCGAGCCCUCGAGCCCGGCGGUCGUCGACCCGUGGGCCGGCGUCAAGAUUCCCAAGGUUAUCGACCGACCCCCUUACCCGAAGCCGGCGGAGGUCACCGCGUUCGCGCCCGGCGUGGAAUACGGACCGGCGCUGUCGAGAGCCCUGAGGACCAUCUCCAUGGACAGCGCCCUGUACAGGGUCAUGAUGCGCAGGGCGAUUCGGACCGUCGCCAUCGUCCCCGACCGGACGCAGGGUGCGACCGGACAGGAAGAGAACCGCGACGGUUCGUAUUUCCUCGCGCUCGGCAGGGCGCUGAGAGACUUCGACUACGCCAAGAUCGGCGGGCUCGACGACGCGCGCGCGGCGGAGGAGGCGGAGGACAUGCUCCAGCGCGCGAGGGAGCGCGUCAGGGCGGCGAGCGCGGCCGCGAAGAAGAAGGACGGCGCGGUGCCCAAGGUGAACGUGGCGGUGGGAUCGAGGAAGAAGAAAAAGAAGGGGGGACUCGCCGCGCCCCUCGCGGAACGAGCGCCCGCGGAGGAGCCCGCGGAGGUGUCCGCGCGAUGA